AUGAUUGAAAAAAAGUUUGCUAAUGAAGAUUUAGAAAUUGAGCUGACAUCAUUUAUUGAUGAUAAGCAAAAUAUUUGGUUCCGAGGAAAAGAUGUUGCUACUAUUCUCGGUUAUAGUGACACUCAUCAAGCUAUCAGAUGGCAUGUUGAUGAGAAGUAUAAGAAAAGCUACCCCGUAGUUUCUACGGGUCAGGUCAGAUACCAGUAUUUUAUAUCAGAGCCUGGGUUUUACUCUCUUGUUUUUGGCUCAAAACUACCGACAGCUAAAAAAUUCCAAGACUGGGUAUUCUCCACAGUACUCCCAUCUAUCCGUAAAUAUGGCCAAUAUAAACUAUUUGAUAGUCCCUGGAAUAAGAUGAUUAUGAUUGGCAAUGAGACUGACCUCCAUUAUAAAGUAGUGAACCUCAUAAGGAGAUAUUAUCCAGAUUCCAUAUUAGUAGCAGGACUGGGUGAAAGUCAGGAUACUGAUGACAAACGCCUCGAUUCGUAUAAGAAAGGAUAUAUGAGAGGACAGCCUGAUCUAAUGGUACUCGACUAUCACAAAGAUUAUAAAGGCCUCUGUAUUGAAUUCAAAUCACCGACUAAUAAUUAUCAUGUAAGUAAAGCACAAAAUGCGUUAAUGGAAAAAUACAGUAAUAAUAACUAUAAAUUUAUCCUAAGUAACGGCUAUGAUGAAAUCUGUAUAGAAGUACAUGAUUAUAUGAAAGACAUUAGAUUGCCGUGUAAUUGUUGCAUCAAACAUUUCUAUAAUAAGGACACACUAGAAACCCAUUACAGGGUC